CCAAGCAAAAAAUGAGACAGCGAGACAGGAGACAGACCGACUGAAACAGGUACACACUGACUGCUGCUCGAGCACCAGUGUCGAAGAGAGGCUGUGCGAAGGGCCGAAAAGCGGUUGCAACCGAACCCUGUUCACCACGCUUCCUCAGGCGACCGGCCCGAGAGUGGGGACUGCUGCUCGAGUCCCGCACUACUCGCUGCUCCACGAGUAGUCACUCUACUCGGUUCAUCUGCUUGUCGAUCGGCUCAGCCAGUCAGUUCAAGGAUGGUUGUGGUGUUGCCAGGAGGGCCCGUGCGGCCCGAGGAGCUGCCCUCGGACACGAGGACGCUCUUCAUGAACCACCCCAGCUAUAAAGACUCGGCGUCGCAACUGCUCUCUAUCCCGACCAAGGUUGUCGGACAAAUGGGACUGCUCUACGUCCAACAGCGCGAAUUCGCCGUCACAGUUCCUCACGACAAAAACGUCACCAUACUGGGAACAGAUGACGCUACCACGUGCAUCAUUGUUGUCCUCCGACACACAGGAUCUGGUGCUGUCGGCAUCGCGCAUCUCGACGGCGCGGGUAUGGAAGAGUGCGUCAACACGAUGAUCCAGCGGAUACAAGAGCUGUCAAUGGGCUAUGUCGAGGGCCGCGUCGAACUGCAGUUGAUUGGCGGCUACUCAGACCCGAGAAACUACAGCGAAGCCAUAUUCUACAACGUGAUGCAGGCAUUCCAUAAACACCCUGUUGAGGUCGACCUGACCCUGUGUUGUCUCGGUGAAUUGAACACGACAAUCAGAGGCGGAAUCCACUGGCCACUCGUGUACGGUGUCGGGGUCAACACAAAAACAGGAGAAAUUUUUCCAGCUAAUUUUACUGAUAAGGGUCCAGAGCAGCCUUUGAGAAGUGCUCGACACUUUACUGGAGGACGCCAGGUAAACCAAAAUGUGUUGGACAUUUACGACAGCAACCUGGGCAUGCUUCGGAUAGGGCCGUUCAACUACGAGCCGCUGCGUGGCGCCGACCUGUGGCUCCAGCAGUCGGACGACUUCAUCCUGCAGCAUCUGUCCACCUCGCCGGACGUGGAGCCUCCUCAUUAUGUGAUGCAUGUGCGAGCCACGCUGAGGCACAUCAUGGAGAACCCGUUCCCCGCAGUCACGAUAUUCCCGGACAAUCGGCCGCACUACUACCGCCGCGACGAGCACGGCAACUGGGUGCCCGUGCGCUACUGAUGCACAGGUUGCACGCAUUCUUUUCACUCCAUUCGGGCCCGUGCAGAGAAAAUAUUAUAUUAUUUGGCAAUUUUUUUAAUGCGAUUUGCUUGUGGGAAUCAGACCGCCGGCCGCAUGGCCAAAAUUGUGAUCAAAUCUCUCAGAAUGGGAGAACGAUAUGUAUCUUAAAAAUUAUGACGUUUUGUAGAACACAAUUUCUUUGCCAGUCGGUGAUAUUACGUUUUGUUAUUUACUCGUAGAAUGCGAACAAGUUAAUUUUCCUUCAUAAGAUAAUAUCCGAGUAAAUCAAAAUGAGCUAAUGGAUCUACAGUGUAAUUAGACGAAUAAUACGGCCUUGUCAAGAUUUGUGGGCGAAUCAAUUCAAUAAUUGUAGUCAAUCAAUCGAGAGCAUUUUAUCACGUCUCCUGUUGCAUAGUAUAAAUAUAUUUUGUUAACUGUCGCGAACACAAAAACCGAUCCACCCAGUUUGUACAUAAGUGAUGCGUGUAUAAAUGCAGGAUGAAGAAUUCUCUGGUUGUGGCUGGACGAGGCGGACUGGAUUUUCUUCCGGGCCGCCGAAUUUUCAGUGCCAAAUGUUACGCGAAAGCAGAUGUAAUUAAACUAACGUUACUGCGUUUUUUAAAACAGAUUUAUCAACCGUUUGUGUACAACAAUUUUUUAUUACUGUGCCAGUUAUUUCGAUUAUUUUAUCAUGAGAUUUUUGUGUUGUAAUAUAACAGAAUAAAGACGGUAUGACUAAAAAAUAAAA